AUGGACCGUUGGGUAGGAAAAGUCGCCCUAGUAACCGGAGCGAGUUCAGGAAUCGGAGCUGCAAUAGCGAAAGCUCUCGUGGAAAACGGACUACUCGUUGUCGGUAUCGCCAGGCGCAUCGAUAAAAUCGAAGACCUCUCCAGGACCCUCGCGGACCAACCGGGCAAAUUGUUCGCUCUAAGAUGCGAUGUAGCCAAGGAAGAGGACAUCCUGAGGUCCUUCCGAUGGAUAACCGAAAACGUGGGCCCCAUCCACAUUCUCAUUAACAACGCCGGACUCAUCCGACCCACCAAUUUAACCGACGGUUGCACGGAGGACUGGCGCAAGAUCUUCGACGUCAACGUCAUGGCGCUGUGCAUUUGCACCAGGGAGGCCGUCAAAGUGAUGCGCCAGAAAAAAGUGGCCGGCCACAUCGUGCACAUCAACAGCGUGGUGGGGCACACGGUGCCCGUUUUGCCCAAGCCCGCUUUCAACGUCUAUCCGGCCUCCAAGCACGCCGUUACCGCUCUGACGGAGACCCUGCGGCAGGAGCUCAUCCACCUCGAUUCUCCCAUUAAAGUCACGAGCAUCAGUCCCGGGGUGGUUACCACCGAGUUCAUGGAGAAUCUUCCCAACGACGGUACUAAAGAGGCGGUGAAUCAGAUGAAAGCGUUGAGACCGGAGGAUGUGGCUGGAUCGAUUUUGUAUGUUCUGGGUACCGCUCCGCACGUUCACAUUCAAGAGCUCAUUAUAAGACCUAUGGGGACUCUUGUUUGA